AUGAAAGAACUUCCAAAAACCAGAUUAACCACAACGUGCAGCGGAAUUGCUCCUAACACAACAGAGAGGCAAAGCAGUUUAGAAGAUAUUAAUUUGGAUCAAUUCCUGAAAACUUCUAAGUAUGAAGAUACCGUGAAACAAUUGGGUAUCUAUUAUGGCAUAGUUAAACGUUAACUUUUACGCCACCAAAGUCGGCCUUUCCCGGUUAUGAGCACUGAUCAGGAGGUGGGUUCGGUGCAUGAUAGCGUUUACUGUGCAGCCGCUGUUUGGAGUUUAUAUCAAACUUAUAGACGCAUAAACGACGAUCGUGGUAAAUCCUGUCAGCUAGGCCAAUCAACAGUGAAGUGCAUGCGUGGCAUAUUGCAAUGCUGGAUAAAGCAAGCUUGUCGUGUCGAACUUUUCAAACAGAGGCAGUCCAAUCAACAUGCUCUUCAUAGUAAAUUUCAUUUUCACACUGGGGAGGAAAUAUAUCCCGACGAUUUUCACAACCAUUUGCAAAUAGAUGUGGUCUCUUUGUAUAUAAUUUUUUUAGUUCAAAUAAUUACUUCGGGUUUGCAAAUUAUCUAUACGCGGGAUGAAGUGGCUUUUAUCGAAAAUUUGGUAUACUAUGUCGAAAGAGCUUAUCGUACAUCAGAUUAAAAGUAAGAAAACGUUUUAUUUUUGACCAGGGUACAACAAAAAAGUUAGCUGAAUGGAUGAUAAUAGAACCAGAUCAAAAUCAGUGUUUUGGUAAUUAAAAAAACGAUAUCCGGUUGUUGGUUGUUGGAGCUGGUCUAUCUUACUGUGCUAGCACGCAUGCAGAUAUAUUUGUACAAUUUCUUACGUUCCAUCGAAUUUAAUGAAUCUAAGGUUAAUACGAUCCAAAUUCUAUUACUAAAACUUUUACUUUAUUACAGAAAUGCCACUAAAGUAAAAUAUAGAGAGUAAUAAAUUAUUUUAUGAGUAAAUUAAGUUUUUGAAGUGUUUAAUUGCAUUUUGGUGUUUUUGAUGAAUUUGGCGCAAGAAUCAGA